AUGCUGAGUGUUUCUAUGCCUGCUCAUGUAGCCCCAUCAAACAAUGCAUGGAAACACACAUCGUUGCCAGUAUGUCUAGACACGGGAGCAACACCAAGCGGUGCAUUCAUUCGUUCAGCCCGACCUUCCAUCUCUGAGGGGACUGUGGAUGGUCUUAACAGUUCAAGGCACGGGUUUCCUUCCAGCGUGCAGAAGGAGCAUUCUGCUUCAGGUCUAAUACAACCAAACUCCAACUUUCCGAGUCAAUCUCUAAAGGGUCUUGACUCCAGGAAUUCGGAAGUGUUUUCUGCACAAAAUGCACUGCAGUCCGAUAAAACUGAUGGUGAUUUAUCCAGCACUCCAAAUGCAGUUCAAGUACAGCACGAAGAUAUUCAGGGCCAACAGGCUCAAUCUGUGGAGGCUGGUGACCUUGUGCACGAUAUAUUAGCAAUAAACACGUUGGCUAUGCAACAAGGUAAAGGUGGUAUGUUAGAUGAAGCCAUGGAAUUACUUGGCGGAGCUUAUAGUAAGCUCAACACGAACGAACAUCUGCUGAACGAUGCUCGGUUGCUGGACCAGCUUCGCGCGAUGACGCUGAACAAUAUGGGAGUCAUGGAAUGCCAUCGAAGCCAGCCACGCCACGCUCUCAGCCAUUUUGAAGCGGCAAGGCAACUCGAGGAAAAUCAUGACAUCGCCUCGCCAUCCGUCGCGCUCAACUCAUGUGCGGCCUAUAACGCUCUUGGAAGCUACGAAAAGUCUACCGCGGCGGCGCUCGAGGCGAUUGAUAUGCUACGAACGUUGGAGGCGCAGCGUCAGCUGGCUAGAAAAAUUGCUCGCAAGAAGGAACGGCAGCUACAGAUAUUGCAGCAGGAGGGUAGAGGCACCCCGAUUGACGUUCUGCACUCGGGCACUCCCAUUCCUGUCCAUAGUCUCCUAAAGAAAUCUGGAAAAGGUGAAAAAGAUGACAUCGGUGAGAUGCUAUUGGAGGAUGUUGGGCAGCUCACUAUCGCUGACUCCGAUAAUAAGACAUUAUGGGGUGCUGCAUGGCAUAAUCUUGCGGUGGCACAGCUCAAUACCACACGCAAUGCCGUACGAAGGCAAGACAUUAAAAGUGAACGUUCCAACACCUUAAUGAUCUUUCGAAACGCCAUGAAAGCUACACAAGACUUUCUGGGGAUAGACCAUCCUAUGACAAAGGCCGUCAUAAAAACCUAUCGUGCCGUGCGCGUCGCACUUCGCAAUGGUGGCGUGUUUAAGCAGCAUCAUACGUUGCUCACAGCACCACCGCAGCCAAUAGAUCCUCGUGAACAAGAGCUAGAAGAGCUGUUGGUGGAGCCAAAGCCCGGACACACACGACACGGCACGAUGGAGCUGAAUAAAAAGGAUCUGACCAUUACUUUUCGCGGCGAUACCACUAACUGGGCAAAGUUUGUAGAACGGCUGGAUCCCUUACCUUACCCUGGCGCUAAAGAAGAGGUUUAUCACUCCAAUAGACGUAAUUACUUGCAGCAAUACCGUACGAAGGCUGACGGUAAGAUAAACAGCUGUGCGCUCACCAAUAUUUCCCUUAGUAGGACACUCAUAAAAGCUAGCCAGGUGUAUAGUAAUCCCCAUCCACUCCUCUAUACCCCCUCACCCCCUUUCACCGUGUUAGACGCGGCUCGCAACACGGGGGAUGGAAGAAUUCAGAUCAAUCAAACUUUAAGUUCGUAUCACAAAGCCAAUAAAGGGAGAUCAACCGCUAUACGACAACCUUGCUUAUCGAGGCAAGGUCAUGAUGUCAGCGAUAUGGCUGUGUUGCUUCACUCAAAUUCUGAGUAUGGUGCCGAUCACAAGCGUAUGUCGCCAUUAAGUAAUUUCCAUUCAACAAAGGUUGCAGGUGAGGCGAGUGUUCCGAGUCGAAAAGCUGCCAUGGGUCGCAACUUUGAGUUGCCCCCCAAAGGGUUAGCAGUAUCAUCACAGGGAGUGGUACCUCAAUCAUCUUUCAAACACGAAUCGCCUCAUUUUGCCAAGUCCGCGUUUCCGGCCGUUCUGAAUCAAUCCAAAUGCAUCAUGAUGGCACUCCCGUCUCUCACCAAUGCCGACGCCGGUUCCGAUACCAUCAGCAAGACCGUUUAUUAUACCAUGCCUACUGAAAUUCCAGGAAAUACGCGCGCGUCGGCGGUCAAUCCGGUAAAAGAGGAUGAGGUACUCUUUCCUCCAACACAGCGGACGCAGACUACAGGACGCGACCAACACCCGGUGGCACCUGACGAAAAAGCCAAGUCAGUUCACCACAAAGGGGUCGCCAAAAUGCCCCAGUCUCGAAAAAAUGCGCCUCACGCCGGUGAAGCGGAUCUCGCUUUGCAAGCGGGCACGCCUUCGGUGGGGCUCCUUCCAGCUGACCCGGCGGCAGGUUCCUCAUUACCGUUGGUUUCCAGAGCGGAGCCUCCCCGUGAGGAAAACGAAACGGGCGAGUUGUUCGAUACCAUGUGGGUCACUACCUCCCCGGCGCCCGUCGACGCGGCGGCAGGUGUCACUGGUAAGCUUCAAUUGUUCACCGACGCCAUCGACGCGCUUUGGUUCGACUCAAAUGGUUUAACCCACGGUAAUCGCACAUUUUCUUGUCCGGAAUACUUCCUGCCCGAUUCGAGCAAGGAAAAGCAGUCUCAAGAACGGGAAUCAUCAAAGAACGGUCGGGAUUGCGGCUUCUUUCAUGAUAAACACGCAGACCACUCUACAGGGGAGAAUCUUGGGGAAGUUAAACAGCGCUAUGGAGACGGCAUGCUACCAAUGGCUCUUAAGACGGACAGCAGUAGCACUACCCAUGAAGUUACUUCUUCGAAAUCAGACGAAAGCAAAAGUUGGUCCGCUAAUAUUGACUGA